GUCAACCGUUCAUCAUCAUUGUCUCUCCUCUCUCUUGUAUUGUAUUGAGUUGCAGAGGAUAAUGUCGGGAGCUACGAACGAGGAAGAGAAGAAGCCCGUCGAUCAAUCGGCUCAUAUCAAUCUCAAGGUCAAGGGCCAGGAUGGAAAUGAGGUGUUUUUUAGGAUCAAGAGAAGCACACAGCUGAGGAAGCUGAUGACUGCAUACUGUGACCGACAGUCUGUUGAUUUUAACUCCAUUGCCUUCUUGUUUGAUGGCCGACGCCUCCGAGGGGAACAAACCCCCGAUGAACUGGAGAUGGAGGAUGGAGAUGAAAUAGACGCCAUGCUGCAUCAAACUGGUGGCAGCGAUGGUAUUUGAUCUCAGGCAGUGCCCGCUUAUAGUUAGUAUGGCUGCUAAAAUUUUAUUAUGUAUGAGAGAAUACUUAUGCAUGUAUAGAAAAAAGGAUCUCUUGUAGGAUGGCUACUAAAUACAGAUUAUUGGCAGCUUAGUUUUGGGUUUUGUGAAUGGUUGUUUGGAUCUUACACCAUGCUUUGCAUGAUUUACUCAUGUUGACAACUGAACGGAGAAUUGUUUAAUGUUCAUAUCGGUGGAUCUUCACUUUGCAUCCUAAUAAUCUUGAAGAGAA